AUGGCUCGUUAUUUUCUUUUCGGGUGGAAGAAGCCGACUGAUACGGAGAAAAAAGCAAGGGAUAAUCUCAUAAAGCGAUAUGAUGGUCAUCACCAUCGAUCAUCUGGAAUGCGGUUCGAACGGCCUUCUGCCAACUUGGAAACAAUCGAGGAUCGCUUGCUGGAGCUGGAGGAUGCUAGCCAUGGACACGGCAAGAAAACAUAUCUGAAUCCUAAUGCGGUCGAAGAUCACAAAAAGUUUACCGACAUGGACACAUACUACAGCACAAAGAAAGGGUAUGCCCGUCGACUUGUCGUGCAGACGACUUCAGAUAUCUAUGACGGGUCCGAUAAUCUCCCUCGUCACUGGGGGCGACGCCGCAUUCGUGGGAGAGUCCCAUUCAUCAUAACCCUGGCCGAACUUUGCUUGAACCCGUUUGGCUUUCCCCGCUUCGACGGUGUCCGAGUCACAAAAUACAAGGAAGAGGAGGAUGAUAGGCCUCGAAGACAGGAAAACUGGUUAUUGAAAACCAUCAUACAAACCCCGUCUUGGAUCCCGUUGAUGCUGCGCACCGUGGCAGUAUCAACACUGCACUGGAUUACAUCGCUUCUGCUCACCUUGGUACUAUCUUGGAUUAUUCCAGUUGUGCUCUCUGUCGAUAUUUGUACCUCCCCGUGGAGUGAGAAGGACUCAACUGAGCCCUACAAAAAGUACCAGAAUUUAUACUGGCACUGGCCCAAACACGCAAUGAAUCGACUGGAUCAGGCUCCGGGUAAUCAUCAACGGCAGUCAAAGAUUGGCGGUCUUACGAUCCCUAGCCGCUUGGUGGUCUUUGACAAAAUUACCAAUCAGUGGACUCCCAAGAAGACUGAUGAUCUUCGCGAUGAAAAGACGGGCAUGCUACCACCCUAUAUCUUCUUGAGUUUUUCUCGGGCCAAUUAUCCGGACAAAAGAGAAAAAAAAGAAGAAUUACGGAAGAUGUUGUAUCAAGUGGCUGAGCGCAUGAUCCAGCACGAGAACCUUGACAGAGACCCACAAGACCCUCCCCUAGCAUUUUGGGUGGACGUCGAUUGUGUUUCGAAAGAUGAGAAUGUACCAACAGGUGAUUUCGAAUCAGAAUGCACCAGAGAUAUCAACACGAUUUGUGAUGCAGUCCGCUCUGCAAAGCGAGUAUAUGUAGUCCUGCCCACUGAAAGUGCGAAGGACAAAAGAAUAUGGGGAGAACGGAUAUGGACAUUUCCGGAAGUCCUCCUCGCUGCCGACAGAAUCCGAUACUGUUUCACCCAUUCGACUUCUAUGUCUUUGUUCACGCCCCAUGCACUCACGUUGAAUGACAUGAAAAUUAGCUUCUGGCGGCCCUCCAACUCAAACUCGUCAAACUCGAAUAAAAACGAAGAAGACGCCAUAGGCCACCUCAUCAAUCAUUAUACCAACAGUCUUCAGCUGAGCGAGCUGCAGUUGUUCACUUUUGCUGUCCAAGCCAUGGCAAAGCAAACAACUCGCGUCGACAUCAAGGGGUAUACGACCAGGGAUAUGGCCUACGCUGCGAUGGGGCUUUUGUCAUAUCGACUUACCCCCAAUGAGUCCGAUACCGUCUUCCAAGCCAUUGCUCGACUAUCCAUCGUGAACGAUAGCAAUCAACUACUUGAGCGUCUCCUCUGUCUGUGGCCGUCUCCGUCUCCCAUAGAAGAUACAUUGCCAACAUUCGCUCCAACUGGUACUGAGACCAUUCUUCGCAAUAUCGCAGAUCAGGAUCAAUACGGUACUCACCUUUGGGAUAUCAAACCGCUCUGUGAUGUGGUUGGUGUUGGUGACGAUAAAUACGAGCCCACAGUCAUCGUAGAUCGCUGCCGGGGCAUCCCCAUCCGAUGGAAGCGCUUCCCAAGAUUGAAUUAUGCCAAGAAUCUGACGGGCCUAAGUUCUUCGAUCUCACAGAAAAUCAUGUAUUCUGCUAUCAUUUACGCAGCGGCUGGCUUUUCUCUCUUCACAUCCGCUAUUGCGCUUCUGGUUUCAACCAUUAAUUUCCAAUCAACUCUACAGCAACCUACAAUUGCUGUGAUGGAAAUUAUUAGGGGAACAAUUGUUCCUAAUUACCUAGUGGCUGUUGGUUUGUACUUCGGAGUCGCCUGGGUGAUCUCCUGGUUCAGUCCUUGGGCAGUACGGAAGCUCUGCAACGAUAGCGGAUGCUCCAGCCAUCUUAUCGGAUUCGAAGGCACGAUGUCAUUGCAUGACCUUGAAAAAACCAUCUAUGGUAAUUUCAAUGGUCGCCUGUCGUAUACAGCCUCGUCGACUAUCUUCACUGAGGACCUACGGUACAAGCAUAUCCGACAAAGCAAGGAACCCAAUGAAAAGAACUAUUGGAAAAAUAAGUUUCAAGACCUAGGACUCCCUAAAACGCACCGCAUCUUCACUAUCGUGGACACGGGCGACAUGACUGUAUCGGUGAUUUCCGCCGAGCGACCACCUGUCGUGGCCUUGAUCUCUGGGCGGGAAGGUGGCAUGCUCCGGGUACUGCUGUGCAGCUGGCGCUUUGAGAAUAACUGUCUGUAUCGUGAGAGUGUUGUUCGCAUGCGCAGCUCGCUUGAAGGACAGGCUACACGUAACGACUGGUUGAAGAUCAGCUUGGCGAGUCAAGGCGAUGUCAAUCGUGCGAAGUUGGUCGAGCUCAAAAAGAAGAAGUCUUCUACCUCUACUUCUUCUUCUUCUUCUCUUCCUCCUCCUCCUCCUCCUCGUCGUCUGUGA